AAAUUGUGCCUUCUAACAGAUGACGUGAAAUGACAUUUUAUGGAAGGAUAGAAUAAUAUUGUUUAAACCCAAUGAGGUUAAUGUCAUGAUGACAGGGGUAAAAACAUAGCUAGGCCACUGGAAAUAUGAUGGAGAAAUAUAAUAAAGACGAUAAAAACAAGGUGAAAGUUUUAGCAGAACGACUUCAACCAGGACUGAACGAGAAUGAACGACAACUUUUGUCAGCUUCAGAACUUGGAGACGAGGAAAUUGUGAAACAGUUGAUAGACCGCAGUGAAGCAAGUGCUGAAGUAUUAGAUUUUCAAGGAAGAAGUGCCUUAGAUUUAGCUAUUAUUGCUGAGGAUGAAGGCCUCACUUCGUAUCUGAUUAGAAAAGUUUCGGAUAAGUUAAUUCACCAAGGACUGCUUUGUGCAGUGGAACAACAGAGGACACAAAUUUGUGAAUUGUUGUUGAAAAAUUCAAUUUACGAUUUGACGUCGAGCGAAAGACAGGCGAGUGAACAGUUAAAUUUAAUCUCAAUCACAAAUGGGACGACGAAUAACGUGCACCCAAAAAAUACUAAAUCAAAAGUACGAAUUAUGCUAAAGGAAGCACUGAUGCGAGCAUCGAUUAAAAACAAUUUCCAAAUCGUACAGAUAAUUAUGUUGAAAGGAAUCUGCUUAGAAAUACCACAUGACUACUUUUGUUCCUGCAAGCAUUGUAUCGGUGACCGCCAUAAUGAUUACUUGGGAUUUUGUAACCGUCGGUUAGAUACAUUUAGAGCUUUAGCAAGUCCUGCUUAUAUAAGUCUUACGGAAGAAGAUCCUGUGCUAGCUUGUUUUCAGCUAAGUAAAAAGUUCCGACAUCAAAAGCAAAUUGAAACUGAAUAUCAGCAAAUCUACGACGAGCUUGGUAAUCAAUGUGAGCAGUUCACUCUUGACUUACUAGACGAAUGCAGAUCAUCGGAGGAGGUUAAAGUUUUGCUGUCUUCUUCUGUCAAAAGUAAAAUAGAGACAAACACAGAAAAACCCUAUAGCAGCGAAUCGUUUCCUUUACUUUUAACAGCAAUGCAAAUGGAACAAAAACAGUUUGUAGCACAUGAGAAGUGCCAAGCACAAGUUUCUGAGAAAUGGUUUAAAGGUCUACAGGCAAUGAGGUAUCUGAAUAGAUUCCAGUAUCUGUUACUGUCUAUUCCGAUUGGUAUGGUUCUACUGCCUAUUUUAUCAGUCGUGUAUAUAGUUGCGCCUUGGAGUAAAGUGACAGUCCUGCUAAAUACCCCAUCUACAAGAUUCUUAAGUUAUACAUGCUCAUACUUAUCUUUUCUCUUUCUGACCGUGGUAGCCAAAUUACAUUAUAGUGACAUGUGGAUUUCAUUGGCAUGUGAUAACACACCAACAUCUGCAUAUAUUCUGAUAACGCUGAUAUUUGUUUGGAUUCUUGGCUGGAUCUGGGAAGAAAUGAAACAAGUAUGGUCUUCUGGCAUAGAAGAUUACGCCGGGUCAGUUUGGAAUAUUAUAGAUUCGCUCAUGCUGAUGUUUCUUCUUGCGUCCUUCACCUUAGACAUAGUUGUACCAAUCAAAGUAGCGGACGCCUUUACUACAAACCCACUUCCUCUGAAUGUAACAGGAGAACAAGUUAACCUGUCUACUCUCCUUCAUUGUUACGUAACGGCUGAAGUUGACGAAGUUGAUGUGUGUCCAUCUGUUUCGUAUUCCGUAGGAGUAUCUUGGGAACCAUCAUGGAUACCUGAUCCCGAGCUGAUCUCUGAUAUACUGUUUUCCUUUGGAAUAAUCCUGAGUAUAUCCAGAAUUUCCUUUAUUAUGCCAGCCAAUGAAACUUUCGGAACUAUUUUAGUAUCAUUUUACCGAACAUUCACAGACUUAAUGAAAUUGUGUGGCAUGUUCUUGCUGAUACUUUUGGCUUUUUCUUGUGGGUUAGCAGCUUUGUAUGCCGCUCAUCGAUGUCAGACUACUACAUUCAAAGGUUUCAGGGCGACUUUAUUUAUGUUGGUAUGGUCUCUGUUUGGCUUUGGACCAGGAGAAGCACCGGAGCUGAACAAGGAUGCACCAAUGAGUUCUCUGACGAACAACCCUUCAAGGAACGUCUACACAGAGAACCUCGGAUACUUACUAUACGGUACAUAUGUCUUUGCUGCGCUGAUUGUAUUAAUGAACCUGCUGAUUGCUGUGAUGUCAGUUACAUUUGAAGAAGUACAAGAUAAAAGAGAUGUAGAAUGGAAGUUUAUGAGAACAGAGCUGUGGCUUUCGUUUAUAGAACCCGGAUGUCCAGUGGCUCCACCGUUCAAUAUUAUCCCAACUCCAAAAACAAUUAUGAAAUUUGUCUGUUGUAUAAAGAGUUUUAUAUGCAGAUGUGGAUGUAAAACUGAGCUUAAAAGAACCAGUAUGUUCAAAAAGAAAACAGAUGAUCCAUGCAACGUCCGAAAGGUUGUGAUAUGUUCGUUAGUAAGGAGAUAUAUACUACACGCAGAGCGGGAAAAGGUUGAAGACGACGAUGACGCAACAGAAGACAAAUUAAGACGAUUGAUAGAGCUUGUUGCUUCCAAAAUUGAAGGUCGACUUGACGACAUUGAGAAUCGACUCAAUACAGUUGAUACCAGCAUCGGUGAUGUUAAUAAAGGAGCCAAUGAAAUCUUUACCCUCCAAAAAACUGAUAUGGGUCUUACAGAAAAGCUGAUUGAAGCACAGGAGAUUUACAAAAAACUAAUGCAUAAAAACUGGGAAGAGAAUACAAUGUUUUAUGAACGGAAACUUGAAGAAAUUAACGAAAUGAAAGAUGAAAAACUUCGAUUGGUAGCUCUAGGGAAAAUGACAGAGGCAGAAAGAAUAAAUGAUGAAAUGUUAGCCAAGCUAAUGACCGAAUUUGUACCAAAAACUACACUGAAAUGAUAGAGGACGGAUACUUAAUUUGAUAUAUAUCAUGAAUAGGAUUUAAGCGGUUUUUACAGCACUGAAUGUUCAUGAAAUAUCGAAAAAUCCAUAACAAGAUGAUCAGUAACAAUACAAUAUUUAUACUCUUAAAUACGUUUACGACAUACACAAGGAAGUCGUCUGGGUAAAUUUGUAGAUAAAACACAAUGAUGAUAAAUAUUCAUAAUCUUGUUUUUGUGACAUGAAGACAGAUCAUCAAACUAACAUUAACUAGUGGAUACAAUUCAUUCAACCAUGAAUGGGUCGUUCUGCAUUCGUUUAUAUAAACAACAUUUCAUACGAUAGUGCCGUACAUUAUUUCACUCAGUUUUUGUUUGUAACACAGAUUUGUUUUCGUUCAAUCGAUUUAUGAAUAUUUAAUAGCGGUAUACUACUGUUGCCUUAAUUGGAUACCAACUGGUAGUAUAUCUAUAACGCUUUCCAUAUCCUAUUAAUCACUAUUCCUAAAUGUCAUACAUUCAGAACUUAUAAACAAUUUACUUUUACUUUUUAAAGCCCAACCAGUUAACAAGCCUCACACUUUUAAUUUCAUUCAUCAAGUUGCUUUCAUCGUUAAUUUAUCAAAUAGAUACAACAAACAAUAUGCAUGUAUUUGUUUUUACAAAAAGGUUUAUUCCACUAUUUUCUACAUAAGGGAAUGGAUCAAUGUAUCAAGUCAGGAAUAAGACGUUUGUUUUAUGUUCGUUUUAUGUGUUUGACCGUUUGAUUUUUUCCAAUUGCUAAGAGACGUUCCGUUUUGAAUUUUCUUUGGAGUUCAAUGUUUGUAUUAUUUGACUUUUUCCUAGUGGUAAUAUGCAUACGUUUUAAUCAAAGCAAAUCAAAGAAACAUAUAUCAGACGCAGAUAAGACAGUACGUUUUGCUUUAAGUUAUCAAUAAAGAAUUUUGCACACUAUUACUGUCCACGAUAAUUUAAGUCCUUGUAGUCAAUGUUUAAGCCUUUGUCAUGAAUUGUUUCAUAUACACACACUGUUAGUUAUUUAAUAACCUUUUUACCA